ACCCCAACGAAGCAAUCCGUUCUCGAAAUCGAAAGAAAAAGGAGAGCGGCGGCGGGUGGCGGCGGAAAGACGAGUUCCAGAGAGCCGUCUCCUGAGAUGGAAGCAGAGGCGGAGAUGGAAGCGGAGGCGAAGGGAAAAAGUAUCGGAGAGGGCGUCGAGCAAGCCGCGGGAACACAGAGGAUACGAGAUCGGGUUGCUGAGAUGGAAGGGAAGGUGAACGGAAAGAGUGCCGAAUCCGAAUCCAGGAAGGGCAUCGAGCAUGCUGCAAGGAGGAAGCACGAGAAGUCGUUAUUGGAGAUCAAGUCGGCGACGAAGAAGGUUGCCGCUGAGCUCAACCUCACGAGAAUAAAGCUGGAGACCAAAAUCAAAUUGGAUGAAAUUGAGGAAGCCAGAGAGACGGACGAGGCACCAAUCGAGGCUGUGAAGGGAGCCAUGGGGAGCGACGAGUUGCCGGAGAGGUUUUCCACUUCAGCAGAUACAAAAUUAGAGAUUGAGCAAGCCAAGAAGAUGGGAAAGGAAGGCGUGGAGAGGGAUGUGGUGGCAAAAUUGGAGAUUGAGGAAGCUGAGGGGAUGGAGGAGAAGAUGCAGACUGAACAGUUCUUUGAUAUCUACUGUCGCUCCUUGGAAUCAACUUUGUCCAGGAUGUUCAGCAGUCCCUGCAAAGAUGCGACAUCAUUGAGUCCUAUGCACUUCACACACAGUACAACGUAUCGCACCUCUUAUGCUGACUUCGCCACCAGCACUCUACAAAUAUACUCCAUCAAAGUCGCAGAAAUAAAGGGAAUUCCUGAGUUGAAGUGGCCACUGCGUGUGUAUGGCAUGAUUGCUGCCCGAGAUACCGUGGAUCACAAUCGCAACAUUCUCUUCUUGCGUCAAAGGAAUGUCUGCCAGAAACUCACUCCAGAGAAUCCUUUUUUGCAAUUGACUGGCCCGUCUCGUGCAAUUGCGGUCAUAGAUCCUGUUGAGUUUGACAUUAAACUGAAAGUAAAGGGCAGGAUGAAGUCAGAAGAUAGAGUGCUCAUGCAUCAGACCUUCAAGUACAGCUGUAAUGAGGCCAUUAUGUUGAAUGACUCCUGCAAAAUUGUGUUACGGUGUGCGAAAUUGGAGAAGACAGUGCAAGCAACUGUAGUCGGUGUCCGUGUUAUUAAUUGGAGAAAGAGGAAAUGGCCUUUUAGACAUGGUGGUCUAGUUAUUGCCAAGGCACAUUCUAAGCCCAAUAAACCUGAGAAUGAGGCUGUGCUUCUGGAUCAAGUGAUGGAUGACAGUUCAGAUGGUUACUUUGAAGGUGAAGUUAGCUGUGUUGGCGACAGAUCUUCGGAGCUGAAACAUGAAGAUGAGGUUGUGCUUCAAGGUCAAGUGACAGCUAACAAUUGGGAUGGUUGCCUUGAUCUGUCAAGGCAUGUUGUUUCUGUAGAGUUAGAUGGAAAGCUUGAAGUUAUCAUCCGUGCCCUUUCUUCAAAUGGUUUUGUUACUAAACAUGGCCAUGUCUUCUUCCCAGCCCAGGAAAGCAAAAUAAGUCGGGCCAUAUGUGAUCUUGCCUCCUACAAGGUGGAAGUAACUGUUGCUUGGUCCCUACUUGUUCGAGACAAGCAGUUUAUCUCAAGGGAGGAGUGUAUGGAUGACGUCCAGGCGUGAACUUUAUAUAAAUUAAAUACAGUUAGCCAUUUAAAGCUGUCCAACUCUAUCCAUUGUCUUUCCAGCUUUAUAUGUAAUGCUAUGUUAAACUAUUAGUGUAUUGGCUGUCAGUUAUUUUACUUAAAUUGUCUACUACAACCUCUGUUUUAAAAAUAUAAGAGUUUUGGCAUUCUAAUUUAAACUGCCAAAACAUCUUACAUUUAGGAACAGAGGUAAUGUUUACUAUUGACUGCAAAAUGUAAGUUUGACUUUUUUUUGGCCUCUCGAUGAUAUCUUGAGAGUUUAGCCAAUUAAUGUUUGGUUGGUACAGCAGAGUACCGUACAAUGUCACUAA